AAGCGCCAGUGGUGGCGAACUUGCUCGUUACUCCCGGGACAGUGAGCCGACGUCCGCCGUAGGUUACUACAUUGUUGUGCGUGUGUCUCCGCGUCGUUCACGUUUUCGGAGUGAAAUAAGCUGUUUUCGACGCAUAUGUGUGGUCGCCGAAGCUUCAAGAUAUGUCAAAUAACAAUUGCUGUGUGGUGGGGUGCUCAAACGCCUACAAAAACUCGCCCGCAACGCGGUUUUACUCAUUCCCCGCGAGGCCUCACGAACGGGAACGACGGAAACAGUGGAUCGCCGCCGUUCGUCGGGAAAGUGAAGACGGCACACCAUGGCAGCCUACCAAACACAACAAGAUCUGCAGCCGUCACUUUGUAAAUGGUGAGAAGUCAAACGAUCCGAGAAGCCCUGCCUACGUGCCAACGUUGUUUCCAAUAGUGUACAGGUCCACCAAAGUUCCUACUGCACACAGGUAUGAAAGGCUGCGGUCACGUGAGCAGCACAAAGAGUCCGUAUCGAGCUGUGUGUCGCCGAUUCCUGGUGACCAAGAAUGGGGUGGUGCCAUGGAAGAGCAUGCAAGUGUAGGAACACAGACAGACCCUUGUACAUGGUUUUCGCCAGUGGACAUGCCAAGCAUCUUCUUCUGCUAUUUAAAAAAAGGCGAAGCUGAAACGCAGGCUGUUCUUCCGCGCAAAAAAGAAAGCAAGGAUGCAUCGUGGGGAACAUCCCACAGUGUCAAGGACGCUGCAUGUGACCCUAUGAAUGUUGACCACAUGACCACAAGCCCAGGCUUCCGUGGUUAUGCCAGUGUAUCAGCCUGCCCCAGUGAAAAAGCUUCAGAUAUUCUAAAGUGCAUUGCUGGAGUUAACCUGACUGUUUUUACAAUGCUUCAAACUAUUGUAGUUCAGGCGUUCAAUGUUCAAGGAAAUGAGAAAAUCACAAAUAUUUCCAACAAAUUGCUUCUUUUUUUGAUGAAGCUAAAGCUGAACUUAACAUUCUCAUCCUUGGCUGUGCUAUUCGGAUUGCACAGAACCACAUGUUUGAGGCAUUUCAUGCUGAUCCUGUCCACUCUCCAUGCAAAAAUGAGGCCUGUAAUUUACUGGCCAUCACGGUCGACCACAGAGCUUAUGAUGCCGGACUGUUUCAAGCCCGACUAUGUAAAGUGUAGGGUCAUUAUUGACUGCACGGAAGUGCCCUGUGCUGCGCCAAACACAGUCCAUGAGAAAGUGCUGGUGUACUCUAACUACAAAGGGACAUACAAGUAAAAUUUCUUGUAGGAAUAACGCCAAGUGGCAUCAUCAGCUAUGUGUCAAGGCCUUAUGGUGGCCGUUCCACUGACUCUUUCACAACAUCUGAUUGUGGCAUACUGCAUAUGCUUGAGCCAGGGGAUCUUGUACUCGCUGACAAGGGGUUUCCUCAAAUCAGGAGUGCUCUUGUGGAUCGAGGAGUUCAAUUUGAGAUGCCAAUUUUUGCACGACCAAGUCAGCCUUUCACACGUGAGGAGGUUUUCAGCACCUACAAGAUUGCAAGUGCUAGAAUAGAUGUUGAGCGCUGCAUACAGCGCAUGAAGCUUUUCAGGAUAUUGUCAGAAAGACUAUCUGCUGAUCUGCUUCCUAAUAUUGCCAAAUCAAUCAUUGACAUGUGUGCAGUGCUGGCAAACUUGCAGGCUCCAAUUAUUAAAGAGAAAGAUUAGUGGACGUCCAAAGCGCUAUUUUCAGCAAAAAGUGAAGGGGCCAGACAUUUCUGAAGGGCAGCACAAGCUCUUAGUGCUGCAUCCUGACCUCGCUAUAGGUAAAGAAAUGUUCCACUACUCCUCGAGGUUCCCCAAAUUUCAGUUACACAGGAUAACUUUUUUUUUGCUAAUAGGCACUUCAUUUUAAGGGUGAUUUGUGGAUACUGGCCUUAUUCAUAUGUCAUACUUCUUUUACAUGGGCCUUAGUGUUUGAGUAAUUUUCGAAAACUGAGCUGUAGUUUUGGAUUGUUGUAUGCCUAUUACUGGUGCGUGUAGCUGUAAGCUACCGUAUACUUUAUGCCAAUUGCCAAGUGUUUGUGCACACCUUUAUUGCGCAAAAUACGUGGUCACCACAGUGAAGCAUUAUAUAGUCUGCAAUUGAACGUAGUUUGCAGCAUUUGUGUUUGAGCCUGCUUGGCGUUGACAUUGUGCAUUUGUAAGUUUUCUGAUCUUGUUUUUUCACUCUAGGUUGGCAUUGUUUUAGCAAUAUUUCUAUCAGAUUUCAUUCAGUGCAGUUCUUCAUGAAGACCAUUUGUAACUAACGCAGAUGCGCAACUCAACUUCCUUUGUUUCUUCAUCUCACUGUGCUGUCUUGUUCAUGGUUGUGCAUAUGGUAGUACGUGUACAUAUGAGUUCAUUCACACAGCUUACCAUUUAUGACAAUGGAAUGCAUUUUUAUUAUAAUCUUCACAUUGUCGCAAAAAUUUACCAACCAGUAAUGUGAAAAAGUUGAUGGGCCGCAAGUGAAAAAAAUAAAGUUGUUUU